AAACUCCUUACAGAUGUCCCUUUUGCUUGGAUCCUUAUGUGUCUGCCUAGAUGCCAUUUUUCUUGGAGAGGUUUUAUGAACAUCAAACUCAACAUCCACAGACCAGAGGUUCUAGUUUUGCAUUGAUCAAGCAUGUCCGAGGGGACUAACAGCACCCAAGAGCCCUUCUCCUUCCUCCUCACGGGCAUCCCUGGGUUCGAGAGCGCCCACGUCUGGAUCUCCAUCCCCUUCUGCUGCCUCUACGCCAUCUCCAUGGUGGGAAACGCCAGCAUCCUCGCGGAUCGCACAGAGCCAGCCCUCCGCCAGCCCAUGUACCUGUUCCUCUCCAUGCUGGCCCUGACCGACCUGGGGCUCACCCUCAGCACCCUGCCCACGGUCAUGCCGCUCCUCUGGUUCGACGUUCGCAAGAUCAGUUUUGAGGGCUGCUUUGCCCAGUUCUUCUUCCUGCAUGCCUUCUCCUUUAUGGAAUCUUCAGUCCUGCUGGCCAUGUCCUUUGACCGCUAUGUGGCCAUCUGCCCCCUGCAUUAUGCCACCGUCCUCACCAGCCAAGUCAUUGGCGGGAUUGGAUCAGCCAUCCUUUGCCGCUCUGUCCUGGCUGUCCUUCCCUCCCUUCUCCUCCUCAAGCGCCUGCCCUUCUGCCGCUCCCACCUUCUGUCCCACUCCUACUGCCUCCACCAGGAUAUGAUUCGCCUGGUCUGUGCGGACAUCCGGGUCAACAGCUGGUAUGGUUUGCUGUGGUUGCUCAUCAUUGUGAUGGACCCUCUGCUCAUCGUGCUGUCCUACACACUCAUCCUGAGAAGCAUCCUGGGCACAGCCUCCUGGACAGAGCGGCUCCGGGCCCUCAAUAACUGUCUGUCCCACGUGCUGGGUCUGGUGCUCUAUGUUCCCAUGGUCGGGGUGUCUAUGACUCAUCGAUUUGCCAAGCAUGCCUCUCCACUGGUCCAUGUUAUCAUGGCCAACGUCUACCUCUUGGCCCCUCCUGUGAUGAACCCCAUCAUUUACAGUGUGAAGACAAAGCAGAUCCGCCAGGGCAUCUUGCACCUGCUCUUCCAGAGGAAAGUGCGCUAAGGACUGCAAUUGGGAUGAAUGGGGGUGAUUUUAUCGUGAAAGUGGAGGUGAGCGCAGGGAGCAGUACUGUCAAAAGUGUAAGGAGCUUAGAGGUGGGAAGGAGUAGUUGUUGUAUGAGAAAUAUCCAAUGGAAAUGAAUAGAAUCAUAAUUCAAAAACUAGAAAUUAAAAGACGUAAGUUUUUAAAAUCCCGUUUUAUUUAGUUUUUCAGGAACCUCCCUGCUGUUUGCCAUCGUGGUUGUACCAAUUUACAUCGCCACCAACAGUGUAGGAGGCUUUCUUUUUCCUCACACCCUCUCCAGCAUUAGCUAUUUGUAGGCUUCGUGGUGGUGGCCAUUCUAAUCCGUGUGGGGUGGUAACCCACCGAGUUUUUCAUUUGCAUUUCUCUCCUGAUUAGUGAUGCCGAGCAUCUUCUCCUUUGCCUACUGGCCAUCUCUGUGUUUCUCUUUGGCCAAAUGUUGUUUUUAGGUCUUCUACCCAUU